AUGAGGAUCUUCUGUCCCAUGGAAUUGGGGUUCACCACCAUCCCAUCACCUGAUGUGUUUGCCACCCUGGAGCUUUGCAAGUACCUCUCUGAGCUUCUGUUUCCCACCUACACCGUGUGGACAAUGUCAUCCCUCCACUUGGAGGGCACGGCUGCAGUGGUUCCCGCCUUUAUGCCCCCGCCUUUAUGCCCCCGCCUGGCACACAGGCAUUAUCAGUUCCUCUACUGGACUGACUUGCAGGAGCUGAGGCCUGAUGUUUUGCAUCUCGCUGAGCAUGGCAACCCCCCACCAUGCCCCAGGAGAGGGAUACCACUGCCAAUAGCCAGACCUGAUUCAUGGCAAAGCCUGGCAUUGAGACUACCAAGUGUGGCACCGGAGUCGGCAAGCACGUCUCAACCCUACAGCGCCCGCCAGUGGGCCCCACUCUCGUUGACUGAACCAGAAUCUCUGCAGCCAGGACCCGAGCGCACUGUUUGCUCCAAGCUCCCCAGAGUGACUCCAUGGGCACCCAGAAGCCACACACCAGAGGGACCAGGAGGCCCUAAGGGCCAGCAGGGGGGCACCAGCUGGGAGCCUCUGGGUCCCCUCGCCUCCCUGCCCCAGCUUCCUGCCUGGGCUCGGCGCAGCUGUGGCCUGCCCAGCAGCAAACAUCCGAAUGUGUGGAAAGAGCAAGCCAGCCCUGUCCCUUCUUCCUUCCCAGACCCCCGCGGCCACCCCCGCCCUGAGAGAUUUUGUUUACCGAGCACGUUUCACUUCUACAGGAGCCGCACAGCUGCGAGGUUGCCUCAUCGCGGUUGCCAACCCCGAGGGGCUGCCUCCUUCGCCCUGUUUGCUGAUUUCCCAAGUUCCUCUUUUGGGCAUGUGCCUGUCCCUUCGCGUUCCCGUGGCUGCGUGGAAGUGGAUCGAGGCCCAGAGGGUGACUAAGAGGGGAAGCCCCUGCGCCGCAAGGCUCCCAGCGGCUCCUGGAUUGCGUAAGGGCUAUUUUUGAGGAGAUUGCAGACGAUCUGAUGAAUCAUGGCAAACACACAUGGCUCUGGCGGGGGAACAGUCCUUCCUCAUGCUGCUGUGGAAAGCGGAGCUUCUCCAAAUGAAUCAGCAGCGCCUGAACUCCAGGUCCGUGGGAGGAGGAUGAGGGUGCGAAUUACACAUUUCCAAAGUAUUCGGGUGCGGCCUCCGGGGCCUGCGAGCGGGGGCUGCAGGGACUCAAGCCUUUGGUUUCCUCAGUGACGCAAAGGCUGUCCCUCGCCCACCUGAGCCUGUCACCUGGAACCUGGUGAUGCUCCAUCCUGCAUGGGACUGUCAGUUGCACUUGCUGAAGACUGAGGAGAGUCUGAGCAGAAGCUGCCUCGGGAAGCAGAUUUCAAAUGGUGACAUGCAGGUUCUGAAUCCAGUCCAGAGGCCACCUCUUGACCUGGUCGGCCAUGGGAGAAAUUCCUGACCUCCAGAGGCAAGCUCAAACCAUGUCUGGCAGGGACAGGAGAGGCCUUUCUUCUCCCCUAAGCUCAGAGAGGCAGAGCCAAGUGGUGGUUGGGAGCCACCAUCAGGCUUUGGAGUUAGAAUGGAUUUGAGACCCAAAAUGAAUAUGGUGACUUGGAGAAAAUCCCUGGACUUAGCUUUGUCUCAGUUUUCUUACUUGUAAAAAGCAGGAGAUAGUAUCUGCCUAGUGAGACUGUCAUUAAGAACACGAAGAUUCCGUGAGGCAGCUACGCGCCCAGACUCUACAGUCAGGGAUUCAGGCCUUGGUCUGUUACUUAUUAGCUGUGUCUUCUAGGGCAGGUCACUUAGCUGUUUUGUGCCCCAGUUUCCCCAUCUUUAAAUGAGGAUGAUAUAACAGUGUCUUCUUUGCAGAAUUGAUCAAUAAGCUAAUAGAUGCAAAA